AUGAUGCCACCAAAUAUACCACCUGAAAUUCUUUCACAAAUUGCUGAUAAUCUAUCGACAGAAGAUAGGCUUUCUGGCUCUGUUACUUGCAAGGCAUGGAGAUAUCCGUUUCAAGAUUCUCUCUGGAGAGACAUACAGAUCGAUUCCACGGCAGCUCUCGAACAACUAUACAACAGCAUUAAAUCCUCCACAAACACGUUUACACCACACGGUUUUAUGGUGCACAGUCUACGCUUAAUUAGUUACUACAAAAUACCCGAUGAGCAGCAGGAUGCCUUCUUUAGCUAUCUACCAAACCUGAAGUAUCUUGAUCUUGAAAAUCUGUCUUGUAGAGACAUCAAUCUAGAGAUGGCAAAAUCAAGCAAGACGUGGGUGUCUCUGAAAAGCCUGAUAAUAGAAUACAACGGAAGUCGAGGAUGGCCAACUACGAAUGAUCUCAUCAGCCUCCUAGAGACAUGCCCUAUGCUCAAGAAACUCGAAUUCUCGACAAAUUCAUUAAGAAAUGCAAGCAGUUUUGGGUUAAGAGAAUUUGACAGUAUACACCAAACGUUACAACAACUUUCGCACUUCAAAGCUUAUUUAUAUUUUGAACCUGAAAUUCAAUCUACGCUAGACAUAAUCACAAAUACUCUACCAGCAACCACCAUGACAGCCCUCGAUAUAUGGUUUUUUCAGCUGUCCCACGACUGGCUGUACUAUUUUACCUACAAAUAUCCAAACUUGCAGUCUCUGAGAUUGGAUACUUCAGAGUUAUAUCAAAGGUGGACAGAUCAUACCCGGACGCAAAGAGUCACUUAUCAGUAUCCUCCCCACUCAAAGGGAUUCCAGCGCCUGGAAACCCUUGAACUCGUAUCGCCAAACAUCUCAGAAUGGACUCACCUUGUUUUCUGGGAAUUCAUUUAUCCAUUAAAAGCUCCUAUCAAGAACUUGAAGUACAAGGCAGUAUGCGACCACGACGAUUCAUGGUUGGAUGCCCAGCUGUAUGCAACGGAUAUUAAGAGAAUUCUACAAUCUUUUUCAGAAACACUCGAGACUCUUUCCAUCGAAGGAACAGUAUUUUUCGAUAUUAAGCAUGGUCCAGCACUUGAACUAUCUUCUUACGCUCCAUUCUUGAUGGACCUUCAUAUCAAGUCUUGUGGUAUAUCAAUUAACCUGGACAACUUAUUGGACAACUGCAUAUCCCUAAAACGCUUAAGAUAUACUGGUGGGCAGCUGUUGAUUAAUUCCGGCACAACAGAUCAAGAUACAAAAGAACAACAUCAAAACCAAGGACAGCAUCGUAGAUUGCGAAUUCUGGAAUUACAACGGGUUGUCACAAGCGUGGAAACUUUUAGUCGCCUUUCUUUCAGGUGCAGACAUCUGAAAUAUAUGAACUUGAGCUCUUUGUUGAUUAGUGGAUCAAUUUCAAAGAAAACCGGUCGCUUGCUUCUCGAUAUGCCAUAUACUUUUUUCAAGGCAGUGCGCUUAGCCCAUAUCAGAUAUCGUUCACCUUACAAGAGAAUAUAUGGCAACACUAUUAUCAGUAUAACACUCCUGUCUCAAUUGAGCGAUCCUCUGUCACAAUUACCAUUAUCACCUACAAUAUCAGAUAAAGCAAUUCAAAGCGAGCAGGAAAAAGGAGAUCCAGAAUCUCUUGCUGUAGUAACCCAUAAAAAUAUCGCUUGGUUCCACACAUUUCUUAAUGUUGUAUUUGAAACGGAUACCAGAAUAGGCAUCAGGCAGCUUUCAGAACAAGAAGCCAUCACUGCAGUUGAAUACUAUGAAAACUUUCAGUCCAAUACAAAUGGUAAAACGAUAAGAUUAGGGAAGGCAUUGGAUGGGAAUAACCCCAAGAAAGAUUGGGAAAACCAUCUUUGUAGAGGUUAUGGAGAAUUGAGGUGUGGCCAGGUAGAGAAGUAUAUUCUUCCCAGUCAAUCAAAGCAUGAUAGAUACUUCUGGGAUUUGUUGUAUGAAAAUGUCUUUUUAUAA